AUGGCGCCACACUCCGAGGGCCAGAGCGCCAAAACGGCGCACGUCAAUAUGAUGACGGACACUAUUAUAACAAAUCUCCCCGCCGAGAACCUGCGGGUAGUAAUGCGGUCGCUGUUGGCCGCUCACCCAGACAUCACCACCACUUUUGAAGCGGAGACGAGAAACUACAUUUUGGAUGUGGCCCUUCCAGCCGCCCAGUCGCAGCGACCUUCAAAAACCAACAUUGCAUGGCUGCAUAGGACUCAGGAGACAAUACGUUGUAUGUUGGGUUGCGGGCUCAGUUCUCAGAGCAUCCCGCUCAUGACAGAGGUGGUCACUCAGGGUGUCAAGCUUCUGCUUGACCCAGACACUACCAAAGAGGAUACGCUUAACACGUUGGCCUCAAUCGAUGGUGACAUUGUGCAGAUUAUGACAGCUGUCGAGAAGACAUUGUUGGCGGCUUCGCGAACGUCCCUUAUGGAUGAUGAGCGCACACUUGUGACUAGCCUACACGAAAGCCUCGUGGAAUGCAGGGCCAUCACAGACGAGAAGGCUCUGGAAUAUCCAUACGGAAGAGCACUCUUCUCAACUUCGAUGCUACUAGGACUUCCUCUUCCAAAGUUCGACAAUGCAGCAGGACCCCGAACUUUGACGUCGGAUGGCCUCAAGGCAGGUCCCAUGGAAGCCAAGGAGACCUUUGAGAUGAAUGGACGCAGGCUUCCUAGAAUAUUUUCAGGGCUCUGGCAAUUGUCUAGCCCAUCCUGGGGUUCCGCACCGACGUCCAAGAUUAUCGCCCAGUUCUCCAAGCAUCUUGAAGCAGGCAUGUCGGCAUUCGAUAUGGCAGAUCACUACGGUGAUGCAGAAAUCAUAUUUGGCCGCUUUCGGUCGUCGUACCCUUUCAAGGAUGCAAUUUUUGCAGCGACCAAAUACUGCGUCUUCAACCCGAUGAAAGUCACGCGGGUUGCGGUGGAGGCCAAUGUUGCAGAACGAUGCCGGAGACUGCAGACUGACAAGAUUGAUCUGCUGCAAUUCCACUGGCAGUUUUACAACGAUCCUCAAUACAUCGAGGCAUUGCGCUUCUUGGAAGAAGACCCAAGAAUCACUAACAUGGGUCUCUGCAAUUUUGAUACUGAGCACCUCGAAGUGGCUAUAGCUCACGGUAUCAAAGUUUACACAAACCAAGUGCAGUUCUCCCUGAUCGAUUCUAGACCAACGGUGAAGAUGGGCAAGGUGUGCGAGAAGAACAACGUCAAGCUCUUGACCUACGGAACACUGUGUGGCGGGUUUCUUGCCGAAAAGUGGCUCGGAAAGGGGCAACCCGAUCUUUACGAUGCAGCCAUCACCCCAAGUCAGCGUAAAUACUACGCCAUGAUACGUAGCUGGGGAGGCUGGGAACUAUUUCAAGAUCUAUUGCGGGUGCUCAAGACGGUGGCAUCAAAGCACAGCGUCAGCAUCUCCAACGUAGCGACGCGUUGGGUCCUGGACUUCCCGUACGUCGGGGCGGUUAUUGUCGGGGCUCGAAUGGGCAUCAGCGAGCACACGGACGAGAACUUGGCCAGUUUAGGGUGGUCGCUGGAUGAAGAAGAUCGAGAGGCGAUCGAGGUAGUAUUGAAGAACAGCAGAAGGCUAGACAUGUUUGAGGCGAUGGGCGAUUGUGGCGGAGAGUAUCGUUGA